GAGAGAGCGGCCUCCAUAUGCCGCGGUCCUAGAGGCUUCUGGGCCGGAGGCGGUCGCACAAAGAGAGUCCCGGGAGGCCACUCCAGCCGCUGGACGACCAUAGAGAUGAGGCUCCUGCCCGCCUAGGGCCGGAGCUUUGCAGGUUACAAAACGAUUUUCCCGUUUGCCGGCAAUUGUGAUUCCCGCUCCCGCCCAAAGAUGUGGACGCUGUCAUCGCCUCCACUUUACAAACAGGAAAGCUGACGUCCCGGGAAGCGAGGGGACUACAAUCUGUCCAAAGCCACGCGCAUAUAAGAAGCCACAGCACAGAAACUAGUGGUGAUGACAGACACCGUGUUGGACUCACAGCCAGCCAACAGCACUGGGGAGAUGGAUGGACUGUGCCCUGAGCUACUGCUGAUCCCCCCAACUCUCUCUAACCAUGGAAUCCUAGAGCCUGUCCAGAGCCCCUGUCCUUCUGGGAACCCUCCACCUUUGCCUCCUGACCCAGGCUGCCUGUUGGUAGAAACCACAGCCACUGAAGAGGACACAGGGAACAUGGAAAUCAUUGUGGAAGCAGUAGCUGGAAAUCUGUCCCCAGGUGCUCCUGGAGAGACUCCAGGUGUCCUGGUAAAAGUGGUGGAGGUGUACUUCUGUGAGCGCUGUGAGCAGAGCUUCGCAGAGCCCACUCUGCUGGCCCUGCACCAGUGCACUGAGACCCUUAUUCAGCCCAUGCAGGGCCUCCCUACCUCACCCUGCUCUGUAGAGCUGCCCCCCAGCAACCUCACUCUCCCCGGCCCUCUGCAGGGCCAGAGCCCACCAGAUAGCCCCCUGCGAUGCCCUGUGUGUAGACAAGAGUUUGCCCAACCCCAGGCCCUGAAGAGCCACUUCAAGAUGCACCGGGGCACCCCCGACACCUUCUCCUGCCCAGAGUCUGGCUGUGUGUUCUCCACUCAAGAGCGCACGGGGCUCCAGCAGCACCUGAGGCAGACCCACAGAGCACUUCCGGUGCCCUGUUCCUUCCGGGGCUGCCCCCUGCUCUUUGGGAGCCAGCAGGGCAUGGAGCUGCACCGGCAGGCCCAUUACCCUUUCCACUGCAACCGCUGCAGCUUCGUGGGCUCCAACGUCAAACUCUUCCGGCAGCAUCAGCGGAGUCAUGGGGCCAGGAUGCAGCGAGAACCGUCUGCUGUAACAGGUCUUCCAUCCCAGGAGCUGCUGCCAGCUUCCAAAGUGCCUCCAGGAACAGGAGAGCCUUCAGAGGAGACAGGAGCACCCUUACCUGGGCAGGAGUCAGCGGAAGAGGAGAUGGAGGAGCGUGGUAGCCUGAAGAGCUCCCAGAAAGCCCUGGAGCUGGAAGGUACUGUGGCUUCUGGCACCGAGUCCCUCUUCAAGACCCACAUGUGUCCAGAAUGCAAGCGCUGCUUCAAGAAGCGAACUCACCUGGUGGAGCACCUACACCUCCACUUCCCAGACCCCAGUCUCCAGUGCCCCAACUGCCAGAAGUUCUUCACCAGUAAGAGCAAGCUCAAGACCCAUCUGCUGCGGGAGCUGGGCCAGAAGGCCCACCGCUGCCCGCUGUGCCACUACAGUGCUGUAGAGAGGAAUGCCCUCAACCGCCACAUGGCCAGCAUGCACGAGGACAUCUCCAACUUCUACUCGGACACCUAUGCCUGUCCCGUUUGCCAGGAGGAGUUCCGCCUCAGCCAGGCCCUGAAGGAGCACCUCAAGAGCCACACCGCGGCUGCCGCGGCUGAGCCACUGCCCCUCCGCUGCUUCCAGGAGGGCUGCAGCCACACGGCACCCGACCGCAAGGCCUUCGUGAAGCACCUGAAGGAGACCCACGGGGUGCGGGCCGUGGAGUGCCGCCACCACUCAUGCCCCAUGCUCUUCGCCACAGCAGAAGCCAUGGAGGUCCACCAUAAGAGCCACUAUGCCUUCCACUGCCCCCACUGUGACUUCGCCUGCUCCAACAAGCACCUGUUCCGCAAACACAAGAAGCAGGGCCACCCCGGCAGUGAAGAGCUACGCUGCACCUUCUGCCCCUUUGCCACCUUCAACCCAGUGGCCUACCAGGACCACGUGGGCAAGAUGCACGCUCACGAGAAGAUCCACCAGUGCCCCGAGUGCAGCUUUGCCACCGCCCACAAGAGGGUACUCAUCCGCCACAUGCUGCUGCACACCGGUGAGAAGCCCCACAAGUGUGAGCUGUGCGACUUCACUUGCCGCGACGUGAGCUACCUGUCCAAGCACAUGCUGACCCACUCCAGCAGCAAGGACUACAUGUGCACCGAGUGUGGCUAUGUCACCAAGUGGAAGCACUACCUCAGCGUGCACAUGCGCAAGCACGCGGGCGACCUCAGAUACCAGUGCAACCAGUGCUCCUAUCGCUGCCACCGGGCAGAUCAGCUGAGCAGCCACAAGCUGCGGCACCAGGGCAAGUCCCUGAUGUGUGAGGUGUGCGCCUUCGCCUGCAAGCGGAAGUAUGAGCUGCAAAAGCACAUGGCUUCCCAGCACCACCCCGGUACGCCGGCGCCGCUCUACCCCUGCCGCUACUGCAGCUACCAGAGCCGCCACAAGCAGGCGCUGCUGAGCCACGAGAACUGCAAGCACACCCGCCUGCGCGAGUUCCGCUGCGCCCUCUGUGACUACCGCACCUUCAGCAACACCACGCUCUUUUUCCACAAGCGCAAGGCCCAUGGCUACGUGCCCGGCGACCAGGUCUGGCAGCUCCGCUGUGCCAGCCAGGAGCCAGAAGGGGCCAGGCAGUGCCCAACACCCUCACCAGACUCAGAGCCUGCAAGUCAACUGUCUGCCCAGCCUGAGGGGCCAGACCACGACCCAGGGGCUGUGAUGGACCCCACCCUGAUCCAAGCCCUGCCAGAGACCAGCGAGGAGGGCAGUGCUGGGAAACAGGACAGCAGCGAGAUUCCCCAGGGGGACGACCUGGUUGGCAGCCCCAGUCCAGCGGAGGUAGACGAGGGCGGCUGCACACUACACCUCGAGGCCCUGGGAGUCGAGCUGGGACCUGUGGCUGACCCACCCCUUGAGGAAGUAACGGAAACAGCUCCUGUGGAGUUCAGGCCCCUGGACCCCUCUGGGCCCCUGAGCCUGGAAGGACCAGAGGGAACUUUGACAGAGCUGUCUACCUUUGAGGGUGCUGGAACUUCUGACUUAGGUGCUGAAGAGCCCAUUCUGGAAAAGUCAGUCUCUCAGCCCCCAACCAAUCCCUCUUCCUCAGAGGAGCCCCCAGAUGGCUGGGUGGGAACCUUCAAGGCAAGUAUACCCACCGAGACAGCACCCCUGCCCCAGCUCCCUGAAUCUGAGUCAUUACUCAAGGCCCUAAGGAGGCAGGACAAAGAGCAGGCAGAGGCAUUGGUGCUGGAAGGGCGAGUCCAGAUGGUCGUGAUUCAGGCAGAGGGGAGAGCUUUCCGCUGCCCACAUUGCCCAUUCAUCACCCGCCGGGAGAAGGCCCUGAGUCUGCACUCCAGGGCUGGGUGCCAGGGCCGCCGAGAGCCCCUGCUCUGCCCUGAGUGCGGCGCUAGCUUUAAGCAGCAGCGUGGCCUCAGCACACACCUGCUGAAGAAGUGCCCCGUUAUGCUCAGAAAGAACAAGGGCUUGUCCAGACCAGAUUCACCCAUCGCUCUGCAGCCUCUGCCCCCGGGCACCCCAGCCUCAGAAGAUGCAGAAGGUGGGAAGCCCCCAGCUGCACCAUUAGAAGAAGGAAUCAUGCUCCCAAGAGAUGCUCCUUCCGAGGCUUCUAGGGAGCCAGAGAAGAUAGGGGAGCCUCUUGCCGUGCUCUCUGGUUCUACAGUCCCUCCUGUGGGAGACUCCUUGCCCUCAGAGGCCCCUGAGAAGUUCCACUUUGAGCAGGGCAAGUUUCACUGCAACUCAUGCGCGUUCCUCUGCUCUCGCCUCUCCUCCAUCACCUCUCAUGUGGCUGAGGGCUGCCGGGGUGGACGCGGGGGAGGAAAGCGAGGGGCCGUCCAGACCCAGCCUGCCCUGUCCCCGCUGAGCAGCGGGGAUUCUGCACCCCUGAGCAGUGGGAGUAUAGAGCGCAGCCCGGGGGAUGGGGAGCCGGCCCUGCUGCCAAAGCAGAAGGCGGCCCGCUUCUCUUGCCCCACGUGUCCCUUUAGCUGCCAGCAGGAGCGGGCUCUGCGGACUCACCAGACCCGGGGCUGCCCCCUGGAGCCCUCUGGAGAGCUGCGCUGCGGCCUCUGCCCCUUCACUGCUCCCGCUGCUGCCGCCCUGAGGCUCCACCAGAAGCGCCGGCACCCCGCCGCUGCCCCGGCCCCAGCCCGAGCCCCCCGGCCCCCUCUGCAGUGCGGGGACUGCGGCUUCACCUGUAAGCAGAGCCGGUGCCUGCAGCAGCACCGACGGCUGAAGCACGAGGGGGUGAAGCCACAUCAGUGCCCCUUCUGCGACUUCUCCACCACCCGACGGUACCGGCUUGAGGCCCACCAGUCCCGACACACAGGGGUUGGCCGCAUCCGCUGCAACUCCUGUCCUCAGACGUUCGGUACCAACUCCAAACUGCGCCUGCACCGGCUGAGGGUGCACGACAAAACGCCUACCCACUUCUGUCCCCUCUGUGACUACAGCGGCUACCUCCGCCAUGACAUCACCCGCCACGUCAACAGCUGCCACCAGGGCACCCCGGCUUUUGCCUGCAGUCAGUGCGAGGCCCAGUUCAGCUCCGAGACGGCGCUCAAGCAGCACGCGCUGCGCCGGCAUCCGGAGCCCUCGCUGCCCACCCCUGGCUCUCCGGCGGAGGCCCCCGAGGGCCCCCUGCACUGCACCCACUGCGGGCUGCUGUGCGCCAGCCCCGCCAGUCUGCGGGGGCACACCCGGAAGCAGCACCCCCGGCUCGAGUGUGGGGCCUGCCAGGAGGCCUUCCCCAGCCGGCCGGCACUGGAUGAGCACCGGAGGCAGCAGCAUUUCAGCCACCGCUGCCAGCUCUGUGACUUUGCUGCCCGGGAGCGGGUGGGCCUGGUGAAGCACUACUUGGAGCAGCACGAGGAGACUUCCGAGGCAGCGGCAGCCUCGGCCGGGGAGGGGGACUCUGGUCAGCCCCCUCUGCGCUGCCCCUUCUGUGACUUUGCCUGCCGCCACCAGCUGGUGCUCGAUCACCAUGUGAAAGGGCACGGGGGCACCCGGCUCUACAAGUGCACGGACUGUGCCUACAGCACCAAGAACCGGCAGAAGAUCACCUGGCACAGCCGUAUCCACACCGGGGAAAAGCCCUACCACUGUCACCUCUGUCCCUAUGCCUGUGCGGACCCCUCCCGCCUCAAGUACCAUAUGCGGAUCCACAAGGAGGAACGGAAGUAUCUGUGCCCUGACUGUGGCUACAAGUGCAAGUGGGUCAACCAGCUCAAGUACCACAUGACCAAGCACACAGGACUGAAGCCAUACCAGUGUCCCGAGUGUGAGUACUGCACCAACCGGGCUGACGCGCUGCGCGUGCACCAGGAGACACGGCACCGAGAAGCUCGGGCCUUCAUGUGUGAGCAGUGCGGCAAAGCCUUCAAGACACGCUUCCUGCUGCGCACCCACCUGCGCAAACACAGCGAAGCCAAGCCCUACGUGUGCAAUGUGUGCCACCGGGCUUUCCGCUGGGCUGCCGGCCUGCGCCAUCACGCCCUCACCCACACCGACCGCCACCCCUUCUUCUGCCGCCUCUGCAGCUACAAGGCCAAGCAGAAAUUCCAGGUGGUCAAGCACGUGCGCAGGCACCACCCUGACCAGGCUGACCCCAACCAAGGCGUGGGCAAAGACCCCACCACCCCCACGGUGCACCUGCACGACGUGCAACUGGAGGACCCUGGCCCGCCUGCUCCCGCUGCUCCGCCCACUGGACCCGAGGGCUGAAUGCACCCCCCUCCCAGACACGAGGAGGGUGCGGACCCAUGUGCAGACUGGACCUAAGGGCUGAGCCCCCACCCCUCCCAGACACGAGGAGGGUGUGGACCCAUGUGCAGACUGAACCCAGAGCCAGCCUUAGGAGCUCAGGGCUGUGGGAGGGGCUGGCUUCAGGGCAUAAAUGAGGCUGGAACUCUCCUGGGAACCCUCCUGGCCCGUAGUACUUGGAAGUUGAUAUAAAAGAGAGACCUGGACCACAAAUUGA